CUGCAGAGGGCGUAGUUGAGAAUGCUGGCAGCUGCCGCUGAAAAGUAGAGAUGUUGUAGGGUUAAUUUUUUCUGUCCAACACAGGUUACGCCCACGUUUUAUUCCCAGGACAAGUGGCAUUGACCCAGCCCAGUGAAUAUCUCCAGAGACCAUGCCCAAGAAAAGAAUUGCUGUGAUUGGGGGAGGGAUGAGUGGGCUGACUUCUAUCAAGUGCUGCCUGGAAGAAGGUUUGGAGCCUGUCUGCUUUGAAAGGACAGAUGACAUCGGAGGGCUCUGGAGGUUCCAGGAGAAUCCUGAAGAAGGGCGGGCCAGUAUUUACAAAUCAGUGAUCGUCAAUACUUCCAAGGAGAUGAUGUGCUUCAGUGACUAUCCCAUCCCAGAUCAUUAUCCCAACUUCAUGCACAACUCCCAGGUCCUGGAAUACUUCAGGAUGUAUGCCAAAGAAUUUGACCUUCUAAAGUAUAUUCAAUUCAAGACCACUGUAUACAGUGUGAGGAAGAGGCCUGAUUUCUCUGCUUCAGGCCAGUGGGAUGUGGUGACUGAGUCUGAUGGGAAAAAGGAGGUAAAUGUCUUUGAUGGAGUCAUGGUUUGCACCGGCCAUCACACGAAUGCUCACCUACCCUUGGAAAGCUUCCCUGGGAUUGAGAAGUUCAAAGGACAGUACUUCCACAGUCGAGAGUAUAAAAACCCAGAGGCCUUCGCUGGAAGAGUCAUUAUAAUUGGCAUUGGAAACUCUGGAGGCGAUCUGGCUGUGGAGAUCAGUCACACAGCCAAACAGGUUUUCCUCAGCACCAGGAGAGGGGCUUGGAUCCUGAAUCGUGUAGGGGAUCAUGGAUACCCUUUUGAUGUAUUGUUCUCUUCUAGACUUAAUUAUUUUAAGAAGAAGAUUGUUAGUCAAUCAUUGUUAAAUACACUUUUGGAAAACAAGAUGAACCAAAGGUUUGACCAUGAAAUGUUUGGCCUAAAGCCUAAACACAGAGCUCUGAGUCAACAUCCAACAAUAAAUGAUGACCUGCCAAAUCAUAUAAUUUCUGGCUUGGUGAAAGUGAAAGGAGAUGUGAAGGAAUUCACAGAGACAGCUGCCAUAUUUGAAGAUGGCUCCAGAGAGGAUGACGUUGAUGCUGUUAUUUUUGCCACAGGCUACAGCUUUUCCUUUCCUUUUCUUGAUGACUCUGUCAAAGUGGUCAAAAACAAGAUAUCCCUGUAUAAAAAAGUCUUCCCUCCUAACCUGGAAAAGCCAACUCUUGCAAUUAUAGGCCUGAUCCAGCCCUUGGGAGACAUUAUGCCCAUUUCAGAGCUCCAAGGACGCUGGGCCACACAAGUAUUUAAAGGGCUAAAGACAUUGCCUUCACAAAGUGAAAUAAUGGCAGAAAUAUCUAAGGCUCAAGAGGAAAUAGAAAAAAGAGAAGAUAAUUCUAAACCUUUGGAGUUUCUGGAGUAAUUGAGAUCUCUUUAUUGCGCAAAUGAAUGGAAGCUGGCCAGGCCACAAAGACUACCAGGUAGCCCCAGGAAGGAAAAGGAGCAUGAUUCAAUUAUGUUAAAUUUCGCCAACUGGUUAAUCUUCUACUUCGUAGUCCUCGCUUUUCUUCUUAAAAGCUUGUAACUAAUCUACACUGAGCCCUCAUAUUUUUCAAAAGGAGAGGUCUCCCUGUAUGCAUAUAGAUUAACUGCUUGAAUACACCCUAAAUGCUGUUAUUUCUUUGUGCUUUGAUUAUUUUGACGUGUAUUAAUUUAGAGUUGUUAUUAACUAAGCGUAUGGGCAUUCUGCUUAUUUUUCUUACAUCAUCCAGUGUAAUUCUGAAACAGAGAGCAAACGAAAUGGAAAGCAAGGACUUGGGUUUGUGUCCCAGCAUUGCUGCCAAUUCUGUUUUCUCAUUUUUAGAAGUUUUGUAGUUCUUGUCUCACCAAGAAGUUACCUAAGUGUCAGCUGUCAGACACACUGAAUUCCAUGAAGAAAGGUACUAAAAGCACCAGCCGGGUGUAUAUUCAUCAAGAUCUAUUGUGCAAUAUGUUAAUAAAUUUUGGGAUUGCUGCCUAGUACUUAACAGCAGGAUAAAUUUGAACAACUGAAAGAAAAACAUAAGAAAUUAUAAUGUUUCCUAAUAUAAAUAUACAUAAGAGAACCAGAAAUACGAGAACUACAACUUUCUCUUAAUCAUGUAUCUAUUGGACACUUGGCUGCCAUUUGGCCUAAUUUACCUGUGGAGAUGCCUUUUGAGAAAUACAGAAUUGUUAUUACAUUUUAGGUCCUCUUCCUCCUGUAAUCCUUGUAUGAUACUGAAGAUUUAUUAUCUACUAAAAUAGAUCUAAAAAUACCAAAAACCAAAGCCACUGCAGUCGAGUCGAUUCCGACUCAUAGUGACCCCUUAGGGUUUCCAACGCUAUAAAUCUCUAUGGAAGCAGACUGC